GCGGCGGAGCCGGGGCUGGAGAGAAGCAUGGAGCGGGCGGUGGGACCGGGACCGGGACCGGGACCGGGACCGGGACCGGGACCGAGACCGAGCCCAGCGCUGGCCGCCUCGCUGGCCGAGGGGCUCAUUAAAUCCCCGCGGCCGUUGAUGAAGAAGCAGGCGGUGAAGCGGCACCACCAUAAACACAACCUCAAGCACCGCUACGAGUUCCUGGAGACGCUAGGGAAGGGCACCUACGGGAAGGUGAAGAAAGCCCGGGAGCGCUCCGGUAAACUGGUGGCUAUCAAGUCAAUCCGGAAAGACAAAAUCAAGGAUGAACAGGACCUUGUCCAUAUCCGGAGAGAGAUUGAGAUCAUGUCCUCCCUCAACCACCCCCACAUCAUUGCUGUCCACGAAGUGUUUGAGAACAGCAGCAAGAUCGUCAUCGUGAUGGAGUACGCCAGCAAGGGGGACCUGUACGACUACAUCAGCGAGCGGCAGCGGCUGACGGAGCAGGAGGCACGCCACUUCUUCCGACAGGUCGUGUCGGCCGUCUACUACUGCCACAAGAACGGGAUCGUUCACAGGGACCUGAAGCUGGAGAACAUCCUUCUCGAUACAAACGGGAACAUCAAGAUUGCAGACUUUGGCCUGUCCAACGUCUACCAGCAGGACAAACUUCUGCAGACUUACUGCGGCAGCCCUCUCUACGCAUCCCCCGAAAUCAUCAACGGGAGGCCGUACAAGGGCCCGGAGGUGGACAGCUGGUCCCUGGGCGUUCUCCUCUACAUCCUGGUCCAUGGCACGAUGCCGUUCGAUGGCCACGACUACAAGACUCUGGUCAAGCAGAUCACGAGCGGGGACUACCGGGAGCCCACGAAGCUGUCAGAUGCCUGCGGGCUGAUCCGGUGGAUGCUGAUGGUGAACCCGGAGCGCCGCGCCACCAUCGAGGACAUCGCCACGCAUUGGUGGGUGAACUGGGGCUACAAAGUGCCCAUCGGGGAGCAAGAGCUGCUGCGGGAGAGCGAGUCCCCGCUGGCCACGGUGGCAGAGUGGCUUCGCCGCUCCUCCCGGCCCCUCCUGGAGAACAGCUCCAAGGUGCGAUGCUUCUUGAAGCAGCACAUCCCCGGCGUGGCCCUGGAGCGGCAGCGCUCCCUCAAGAAGUCCAAGAAGGAGAACGACGUCUCCCACGCGCUGCAGGAGGUGGCCCUGGCCCCGGAGAACCCCUCCAAGUCCAUUCUCAAGCGGCCCAAGGGCAUCCUGAAGAAGAGAAACUCCUGCGAGCAGAAGGUGCCCGGCCCCGGCCCCUCGUCGGCAGUGCCCGUAGGAGAGGCACGGGGUGAGGAUGGCGAGGUGGCUGCUGCGGGUCUCACCCGGAUCCUGUCCUCCGGGAUGCUGCCUUGCAACACGGGCGUUGGAGCGGUGCCCACGGCUGCGCCCAAGAAGGGAAUACUGAAAAAGCCCUCGACGAGGGAGUCGGGGUAUUACUCAUCCCUGGAGUGCUGCGAGUCUGGGGAUGUUCUGGAUGCGGGGAGCUUGGACCUUGACGGGAGCGUGUUUGCUGACAACCCCUCUCCGGAGCAGGGCCCCCAGGGUCUCCCUGCUCGUCGGAAAGGCAUCCUCAAGCACAACGGCAAGUACUCCUCUAGCAGCACCGAGCCAGAGAGUCCCCCCGGGCAGGGCUUCGGGGGCUUCGGUGAGGUGCCCCUGCCCCAGGCUCCCCGUGCCCGCCCGUCCAGCGCCGUGAGCGAGGACAGCAUCCUCUCCACGGAGUCUUUUGACCAGCUCGACCUGCCCACCCGCGUCCCCCACGGCAGCGGGGGCAUGCGGGGUUGCAUCUCUGCCGACAGCCUCCUCCGGCUGGAAGAGGAGGAGGAGAUAGAGGAAGGGCGCAGGCUGCGCCGCUGGACUGUGACCCAUUGCCGGAGUCCCCUGCAAGAAAGCAGCUUGUCCCUGGCGGGCUGUGACAGUGUCACAGAGGUUUACCGGCGUGCCGUGGCCAUCAGCAUGAAGUUGAGCUGAAGGCAGCCCCCGGCAGGGCUCCCCGGGGUGGUGUGUGUUGGGGAGGGGGCUGAGCCCUCCGUGCCCCGGGGCUGCCGGUGCUGCUGAGCCACGUCCCGCGUGUUUAUUUUGCAGCCUCGGGUGCAGGCGGGGAAGGGAGCUGCAGUGGCUGUGGGGCAUUGGUGGGGGGAUGCCCCAGGGCUAGGACAUAAAAUGGACCAAAGCCCUGAGUGAUCCGGCCACUGCCCCUGUGGAGGGGCUGGGGGGUCCCGGAGGCUCCUCGCUGCCAUCCUUCCCUUGUAAACAGGCUCAUCUCAUUGGGGGGAGAAACUAAAGGGUUGGGGGGAUUUUUUUUUUUUUCUUUGCACUGUUUUUUGGCUGCACAAGGUAACGGAUGGGGCAGGUGAUAUACCUCAAACAAGCUGGAGAUGUAGCAGGGUGCUGGCGAGGGGCUGAAAGGUGCUGCCCUGGCUGCUGCCUGCGGGCUGGGCUCUCAGGACGCGCUGGCAAAAGGGUCCAAACUGCCCAGGCCCUGGCUCUUCCCUCUCCUCCGCUGAGAAACCCAACUGGAUCUGGCCGAAACCCUAGUGUGAGAACACACUCAGAUGCCAACAUCUUUUUUUUUUUUUUUUUUUUUUCCUUUAUGUUGAAAGGAGGAAAAAAAAGUGCCUUUGAGGCACCACUUCUUUAUUUAUUGCCUUUGUCCAACUUGAUGUAAAACUUCAGCAGCACGGGAUGUGUCUGGCUCCAUAAUGGCCACCCAGAUGUUUUUCACGGGGAGGUGGAGGUGUCUGUGCCAUUGUCUCAUGUGCCGCACGUCAAAGCUCAGUUGCACUAUUGCCGCGUGUUCGCUGGCCCUUUCCCUUCUCCAGGGUGUGUGUGUUUUCCCCUCCUUCCUACAAAACGGUCUUGAGAAAACCAUUAAAUUAAAAGCAAAUGGUA